CUAGGGCAGUGUGCAAAUCGUCUGAAGAACGUGGUGGCAAAAAAUGCCCGUGGGAGUGCACUUUUAGUGUCUGCCGUAUGGGGGGCUUUUGGUUGGUGAAGAAGUUAAGUCCUGCGAGUGUGCACACCUGUGACUGGCCGGACAGGGAACGCUACGUGAAAUCUAUGGUGAACAAAGUAAAAUUCCUCGAACGCUUGUACGGAGCACUUGUUAGAGGGGCGCCGUUUCUCGCUCCGCGUGAGUACAUCGACCAGAUCGUGGCAACUGGGGGGCCUUCUAUCAAGUAUCAACAAGCAUACAGAUUGAAGGAGAAGAUCGUUACUCAACGGUUUGGCAGUUGGAGAGACUCCUUCAGGUUCAUUCCUUCACUCCAGAGACGUUUGAAGCUUAUUGAUCCGGGUGCCACUGUCAGGCUGCAAACAUAUCAACAUCAAUUCAAACGUUUCUUUGUAGCCCCUUCCGCAACCAGAGAGUCUCUAAAGUGUUGCCGCCCGGUAGUUGCCCUUGAUGGAACGUUCUUGCUUUCUGCUCAACGUGCAACGCUCCUCAUCGCAACUUCAUUGGAUGGUAACAACAACAUCAUUGUUCUCGCCUUCGCACUGGUUGAAGGUGAGAAUUUUUGUAGCUGGAGGUGGUUUUUGGAGUGCUUCAAAAGCCACUUUCCUGACUGGUUAGGCGAGGAUGAUGCGUCUGUGAUUAGUGACAGGGACAAAGGUCUUGUUCCUGCUGUGAAGGAAGUCUUCCCCUCACUCCCGCACUACUUUUGUUCGUGGCACUUGGAGCAGAACUUGACAAGGUUCGGUCCAAAUGCUGUUGACCUAUUUAGAAAACUCCAAGACUGCAGGUCAGAAAAGAAGUGGGAGACCUAUGUGAAGGUGGCUAGAGAACGGUUUCCAAACUUCGCGGCGUACCUACUGGUUACACCGAGUGUUCACACCGACUUCCCACGCAACAGUCAGGGGACAAGACGUGUACGAAGGCGUGUGCCAACAACAGGCAGCCUGGGAUCAACCAGAAAUCAGCCAACUUCUCAUGAACCCUCGGAGCAAUCGCCACAGUCUGGGCGGCAGCACCAACAGUAUGCUGGCAAUGUUCGACAGCAGCCACGCCGACAGCAGGGUCGCCUCCAGCGGCGGGGCCAACAGCAGCGGCAGCAUGGGCAGCAGCAGCAACCGGGGCAGAGUGGGCAGCAGACUCGGCUGUCUGAGCAGCAGCAGCAGCAGCAGCAGCAGCAGCAGCAGCAGCAGCAGCAGCAUCAGCACCAGGGCCAACAGCAGCAGGGACAGCAGCAGGAGCAAGGCCAGCAACAGCAGGGGCAGGGUUCACAUCAGUGGCACGGACAGCAGGAGCAGCAGAGUGGGCAGCAAGCAGGGCUAUUUUGGCAGCAGCAGCAACAACAGUUGCGACAGCAGCACCAGCAACAACAGGGUGGGCAGUGGGGAGGGCUGUUUGGGCAGCAGCGGCAGGGUCAGGGGCAGCAGGGCCAAGGUGGGCCGCAGCAGCAGCAGGGGCAGCAGCAGCAGGUCCCGGGUGGACAGCAGCAGCAUGGACAGCUGCAGCAGCAUGUCCAGCAGCAGCAGGGUCAGCGUACGCAGUGGCAGCAGGGACAGCAGCAACAUCAGCAGCGGGGUGGGCAGCAGGGAGGGCUGUUUGGGCAACAACAGCAGGGUCAGCGUAGGCAGCAGGGUGAGCAGCAGCAGCAGUGGGGUGGGCAACAGGGAGGACUGUUAAGCCAGCAGCAGCAUCAUGGUGGGCAGCAGGCAGGGUUGUUUGAGCAGCUGCAGCAGGGACGACAGCAGCAGCGCCAGGGUGGGCAGCAGCAGCAGGGUCAGGGCCAGCAGAACCAGGGCGGGCAGCAACAGCAGCAGGGUCAGGGGCAGCAGAACCAGGGUGGGCAGCAGCAGCAGCAGGGUCAGGGUCAGCAGAACCAGGGUGGGCAGCAGCAGCAGGGUCAGGGGCAGCAGAACCAGGGUGGGCAGCAGCAGCAGGGUCAGGGGCAGCAGAACCAGGGCGGGCAGCAGCAGCAGCAGGGUCAGCAGCAGCAGGGUCAGGGGCAGCAGAACCAGGGUGGGCAGCAGCAGCAGGGUCAGCAGCAGCAGGGUCAGGGGCAGCAGAACCAGGGUGGGCAGCAGCAGCAGCAGGGUCAGGGGCAGCAGAACCAGGGCGGGCAGCAGCAGCAGCAGGGUCAGCAGCAGCAGGGUCAGGGGCAGCAGAACCAGGGUGGGCAGCAGCAGCAGGGUCAGCAGCAGCAGGGUCAGGGGCAGCAGAACCAGGGUGGGCAGCAGCAGCAGGGUCAGCAGCAGCAGGGUCAGGGCCAGCAGAACCAGGGCGGGCAGCAACAGCAGCAGGGUCAGGGGCAGCAGAAUCAGGGUAGGCAGCGGCAGCAGCAUGGUCAGGGUCAGCAUAACCAGGGUGGGCAGCAGCAGCAGGGUCAGCAGCAGCAGGGUCAGGGGCAGCAGAACCAGGGUGGGCAGCAGCAGCAGGGUCAGCAGCAGCAGGGUCAGGGGCAGCAGAACCAGGGUGGGCAGCAGCAGCAGGGUCAGCAGCAGCAGGGUCAGGGCCAGCAGAACCAGGGCGGGCAGCAACAGCAGCAGGGUCAGGGGCAGCAGAAUCAGGGUAGGCAGCGGCAGCAGCAUGGUCAGGGUCAGCAGAACCAGGGUGGGCAGCAGCAGCAGGGUCAGCAGCAGCAGGGUCAGGGGCAGCAGAACCAGGGUGGGCAGCAGCAGCAGGGUCAGCAGCAGCAGGGUCAGGGGCAGCAGAACCAGGGUGGGCAGCAGCAGCAGGGUCAGCAGCAGCAGGGUCAGGGCCAGCAGAACCAGGGCGGGCAGCAACAGCAGCAGGGUCAGGGGCAGCAGAAUCAGGGUAGGCAGCGGCAGCAGCAUGGUCAGGGUCAGCAGAACCAGGGUGGGCAGCAGCAGCAGGGUCAGCAGCAGCAGGGUCAGGGGCAGCAGAACCAGGGUGGGCAGCAGCAGCAGGGUCAGCAGCAGCAGGGUCAGGGCCAGCAGAACCAGGGCGGGCAGCAACAGCAGCAGGGUCAGGGGCAGCAGAAUCAGGGUAGGCAGCGGCAGCAGCAUGGUCAGGGUCAGCAGAACCAGGGUGGGCAGCAGCAGCAGGGUCAGCAGCAGCAGGGUCAGGGGCAGCAGAACCAGGGUGGGCAGCAGCAGCAGGGUCAGCAGCAGCAGGGUCAGGGGCAGCAGAACCAGGGUGGGCAGCAGCAGCAGGGUCAGCAGCAGCAGGGUCAGGGCCAGCAGAACCAGGGCGGGCAGCAACAGCAGCAGGGUCAGGGGCAGCAGAAUCAAGGUAGGCAGCGGCAGCAGCAGGGUCAGGGUCAGCAGAACCAGGGUGGGCAGCAGCAGCAGGGUCAGCAGCAGCAGGGUCAGGGGCAGCAGAACCAGGGUGGGCAGCAGCAGCAGGGUCAGCAGCAGCAGGGUCAGGGCAUUGAGAACAUCGACGGCCCUGACGGUGGUGCUCAGCCCGAGCCGCAUACGGAUGAGACAGAAUCUGGUAUCCGACAUGGCAGAGUCCAUCAAUGCUGCCAUAAAGAAAACUCGCAAGCUCCCGCCAGCAUACAUGCUUGCAACCCUGUGGGAUUGGAUGAUGAAAAGGCUUUACGAGGCAAGUGAGGACGCGGGUGAGAAUGACGGGUUCCUGACUCCCAAGGCUGCUGAAAGGUUUGAGAACAAGCGGCACCGGGCGGAGAAUUAUAUUGUUGAAUGCUCAUCCAUUGGUGGAGCUGGGGUUGUGACAAAUCGAGGGUCACCGUGGACUUCGCCAAUGUCGUUCAACGUGAACAUUGACACGAAGUGGUGUGAGUGUGGCAAUUGGAAGCAAUAUCAGUUUCCAUGCUCACAUGCUUUUGCUAUGAUGCGCGAAAAGGGGAAGGAUCCAGAGGAUUACAUCUCCUCCUAUUUCACCGCAGCCAAUUGGAGAGCUACCUACAGCACUCCAAUGAUGGGGGCUUGUAUUGACCGUGUCAUGCAGGAGAAUGCAAAUCCCGCUCACGGUGUGUGUGAUCCUCCAAAUUUUGUGCCGAGGGGUGUUGGAAGACGUCCAAUGAUUAGACGAUUUGAGGCACCGAAGCGUCCAAUCAAAUGCAGCACUUGUCACAAGAUGACGCGGCAUAAUCGACGCACUUGUAGGGGAAAGUAUGGGGCAGGCUCGGAGGCGAGAGAGGUAGAUAAUAACGGGGAGUAAGUAUGACGUGACUACAUAUGGAAAUACUAGCCCCAGCAGCAGCAACAGAGUGGGCAGCAGGCAGGGCUGUUUGGACAGCAGCAGCAACAGAGAGGGGCAGCAGGCAGGGCUGUUUGGACAGCAGCAGCAGGGCCAGGAUGGGAGCAGCUGCUGUCGUGGCAACACCAACACCACCAGCAGCAGCAUCAUCACCACCACCACCCACAGAAGCAUCAGUAACAAUAGCACCAGCAGCAGCGGCAGCGGCGGCAGCAGCAGCGGCAGCGGCAGCGGCAGCAACAGUAGUAGCAGCGUUGGCAGCAGAGAGGCCUGCUUGGGCAGCAGCAGCUGGGGCAGCGGCAUGAGGGCCAUGUUGGGCAGCAGCAACAGGGUCAGGGAUGGCAGCAGGGAGGGCCGUUCCAGCAAAAACAGCUGGACCUUCCCCAUCGCUGCCUCAUUAUAGUUCCUUCCCCCAACCACCUGCUUCAACUACCUUUGCUUUUUCACUUCCAUCACCAAGUUCCGCCAGUCUCCUUCCCCAAACCCCACCCUCAUGCGUUUCCAGGAAGAUGAUGAAGCCUUUCUUGAGUUCACUUUCCUUUAACUCCCCUCUACAUUGCCAACCGCCCGCCGCGCCUUCUCAUGAUCUGCCUUCCGAGACAGCCCCUCUCCACCUGUUUGAUCCGCUUUAAGCCACAAUCUCCACCCCCUCCCAUGCCUCUUCUCCCACAUGCUAAUUUUGUCACCUAGCCUUAUUAACCACCCCAUUUUUCUCUCCCCUUUAACUCGCUACAAUGUUGGGAACCUAAAUGUAUUAGUCAUUAAAAAAAAAGGAGUUGC